AUGGUCCUUCGCAUCAGGUCAGAGCUCAUUGACGCUUCAACAGUGAGCAUUUGUGAUCUGCGCGUUCAUCCGGUUGCAUUUUGCGUUCUCUGGCGCUGGCGAGGCGUGCGGCUCCGGCCCAUCGUCAUCGCAAGUCUCGAUCUCUCGUGUCCUACGCGUUUCGGCUUUGCUGCUGCUAUUGGUGGUAUUCCUAGUGUACCAAUUGGUAUUGUAGGACAGAACUUCGAGAUGAUGAUGACGAAUGCAGCCGACGAACUGGCCUCAUCGCUUCGUUGUGCCGAGUUCCUAGCCGACUCGCCGAGCACAUCGACACUUUUGCACCAUCAUCAACAUCAACAGACAAGAGUGGGACCGAUCACGACGAAUAACGUGAACCAGAGAAGAUUGAGCAGUCAUGGCCAGCCGGGUGUGAUAUCCCGCAAACGGCCUUCUACUGUUGAUCUCCGCCUGAACACUGCGCAACACCCUUCGGUGCCGAGCUGUCACGAUCGCUCCAUCCAUUUCGAUGAACGCGUUCUGGAAAAUUUGCUCAUCGCUGAGGAAAACCUCAAAUCGAACCAUCUCUACUUCACAGCAGUCCAGGAACACAUCGAACCAAUCCACCGUGAACAAGCAGUGGAAUGGAUCUACGAUGUGGCAAAGGAAGAGAAGUGUGAUGCGGACGUAUUUCCGUUGGCGGUGUCUCUCAUUGAUCGUUUCCUCUCCCUGCAGAAUAUAUUUCGGCAAGACAUUCAGGUCUUGGCUGGCGUAUGUUUAUUUAUUGCUAGCAAGGUGAAGGCACCGCAACCAAUGAAUGCGGCACGUGUAUCGUACUAUACCGCGGAUAGCGUGAAGGUUCAUGAUGUUUUGAGCUGGGAAUUGUUAGUUCUGGCUCAUUUGAACUGGGAGAUUACCUCACCCACCGGCUUCGACUUCUUCGACCAUCUGUCAGCCCGACUACCCUCUUUGCAAACCUUGCGACCAGCGUUCACCUCGAUUCUGCAUAAAAUUCAACGCUGUCACAAACUGGCUACGCUGUUCCCGUCAAUCCAGUGCUGCUUAGCUUUGAUGUUUGCUGCUGAAAGAUAUGCUGAUGCAAGACUACGAGCUGAUACGGAGAAUAUCAUCGGAAGCACUUUCCAUCUGCAAAUGGAUCUUCUACGAUCCUACAUAUCGAUGAUGGAGCGAGUUGUCAACGAUCACGGAAUGUGCUCUACUCAUCAACAUUCGUCUGCCCCAACAGAAGCGGAACUUCUGGCGCAUUCGCCAGGAGGCCAGUGCGGGUCACCCUCACUGGGCACCCCACACAACGACUCCGGGUUUUGUUCUGGAGUAAGCUCACCAGAAUCCUGUGGCAAGAAGGAACUCGAAUGCUCUCCGCCAAAGAUGGCCAGGAUCGCCUGAAGUACCCUUCUUUGCCGGUAAUUUCGAGAAUAUUCGAAGUUAUUGAUGACCUCGCUUGUCAAACCCUAUACAGUUUUCUUUUCAUCAUGUAUUCCUAUUCAUAUCCUCUAGACUAAUAACUUUGUUAUUACCCCGAAACUUUUCACUACUGAAGUUUUUUUCAAACAUUACGGACGAGUAAUUGCCAACGUUCCUCCUUAGCAGUUUCUCUCUUUCGAAUUCUUAACUUAUCUGGGGGGCCUUUUUUAACUAAAGGCCUAACGCGGGUGUUUUUCAUUUUCUUAGCAUGUUUUCAUGCAAAAAGUUCGCAUUUCUCAUUCAUUUUAGCAAUUACCGCAAUUUCUGAGUAGCUUGCUGCUCUACUUUUGGCAGCCACUCCACACUUUUGAAGUAAAUUGUCACAUUUUUAACUAGGUACAUGUUUCUGCUACUCGAAAAUUACUCGAAAACUUCCACAAAAAAAGUUCACUGCCCGCAAAUUCUCUUAUGAUUGUGGACCUGAAGUUUUGUUUGUAUGUAUCGAGAGGUGUUGUCUUCUUUCCCUCAUUCCGGUGUGUUCCAUCUAUUCUACAUUUUCUCAUUCAUUCAUUUCUUGCUGUUUUCAACACCAAAUAACGUAGAAUAUUGGUUUCUUACAUUGAUGUUCUUUCUUUUGAAUGUUCAAUCAUUCAAUUUUUCAUUGCUUUGCCGCUGUGUCGUCGGUUGUGCAUCGCUCGGAUUUACACGGACGUGCGUUUAUACUUCAUUUGCUCAUUGCCUACUUUUCUCUGCCGUCGACGUUGGAAAUCAUAGAGCGAUGUCACGGCCAUACGAGUAGCUUGUGAUUAGUCAAAGAUUUUUCUGUCUUGUGUUUGUGUGUUUUCUUAUCCAUUUCCUUGCAUUUUGCGCAUUUCGUUGUCUU